GUCCACGCUGCUCUCGUCCUCACAAUCACUCGUCUUCUCCUCACACAAUCCGAGAAAGGAAAGAAACUCAUCCGUCCUUCUGCCAUCUCUCCACCCGAAUAUCCUCCCAUCCAUGAGAUCUCAGAGGAUAGAUGAGGAUUAAGACAGCAGCAUAGUGUGUAUAUCUGUGACUGUUUGAGCGUGCGUGUGUGUGUGUGUGUGUGUGUGUGUGUGCACUCACCCUGAAAAGAAACACACUCUCAGUCUGGUGAAUGGAUGAAGACCAACGGAUCCAAACUGGAGCGCAAUAAACGAGUGAAAAAACGGAGACGGACCGGGAAAGAGUCCCUCCAUCAGCACCACCCGAGAGAGAGAGCGAGUUCCCGCUCCAGCAGCAGGACGAUGUCUCCGAAAGACAACAAACCCAAAAAAACACAGAAAGACAGUAUGACUUUACUGCCAUGCUUCUACUUCGUGGAGUUGCCCAUCGUGGCCUCCUCGAUGAUCUCGCUGUACUUUCUAGAGUUAACUGACGUCCUCCAGCCAGUUAAAUCCGGAUUCCGUUGUUAUGACCAGGCUCUGAGUAAACCAUACGUGGAGACGGGAGACGAGCUCAUCCCCCUGCUCAUGCUCCUGAGUCUUGCCUUUGCUGGGCCUGCUGCCUCGAUUAUGCUGGCUGAGGCUUUGAUGUACUGCACGAGAUCCAGAGUGAAGUUCAGUCCUGGUUCGGAAGGCAGCAUCAAUGCAAGUGGCUGCAGCUUCAACUCCUUCCUGCGCAGAACCGUUCGGUUUGUAGGUGUACAUGUGUUUGGGUUAUGUUCUACAGCCCUUGUGACGGAUGUUAUUCAGCUCUGUACUGGUUAUCAUACUCCGUUCUUCCUCACUGUCUGUAAACCAAAUUACACCCUGCCUGGAGUCUCCUGCCUCAAAGAGCCCUACAUCACCCAGGACAUCUGUUCAGGACGUGACCAUUAUGCUAUCCAGUCCGCUAGGAAAUCUUUCCCGUCCCAGCAUGCCACACUUUCGGGUUUCGCAGCGGUCUACAUCUCUAUGUACUUCAACACCACUAUCUCAGACAGUACAAAGCUCCUGAAGCCCGUGUUGGUGUUCGUGUUUGCAAUAGCAGCUGCUCUGGCGAGUCUCACGCAGAUCACGCAGUACCGCAGUCACCCCAUCGACGUCUACGUGGGCUUCGUCAUCGGGGCCGGGAUCGCCGUUUAUCUGGCACUUUACGCUGUUGGAAACUUCAAGUCCUCGGUGGAAUCAUCUCCUCGGAUACUGAAAAAACCUCCUCCUCCUCAGAAAGAUGCUCUUCAUGCUUUAACGCAACGCGGUCAUGACUCUGUCUACCAGAAAGCUCAUGCUUCCGAGAGCAAUGACGAGCUCGUCGCUCCGGUGGAGGUAGCAGGAAUGAACCGUAAAGUUCGUCGUGAAAAAGCUUCGAUGGGAAGUUUGAAGCGAGCCAGCGCUGACGUGGAGCUCCUGGCACCCAGGAACCCGAUGGGGAAAGAAACCAUGCUGACAUUUAGCAACACGCUGCCCAGAGCAAGCGCUAAUGUAAACGGCAUGGAAGAACCUGCUCAGAGACACAUGACCUUCCACGUACCUUCAUCCAAACAGCUGGUGUCCGAGUGGAAGCAGAAAUCUCUGGAAAUGCGGACAUUGAGCUUGAGGGAGGACGGCCUGCACGGCAGCUCUAUAGAUGUUGUAGAAGAAACAAAUGAAGAGUUCAAGGAGACCUUAGACAUGGAUUUGCCCACUUCCUUGUAUCCCAGUGUUCAGGCAGCUGCAGCAGCCACCAGAGUCUCAAUUUCCCAAAGACCUGGUGCACCACCAUUGGUUCACAUCCCAGAAGAAGCUGCCAAGCCUCCUCCUGUAUCUCCUAAAAGUGCCACAACUAGAGCUAAAUGGCUUUCUAUGAUGGAAAAAGGUCCAGUACCGGUAACAACACCAGAGCCACCUCGUCUCCCAAACAAGCCGCUGGUCAUGCAGGUUACAACCACUCCAAAGUCUUCUGAAACAGCUUCUUCUUGUGCUACUUCAAGUGUUUCCUCGAGCACCGAGUCCCCGUAUUUCCGCAUGCCAUCUGAACGAGAUUCAUGCAGUAUCGUCACCAUUGAUGCUCACGCCCCUCAUCAUCCUGUAGUCCGCCUUUCCUCAGUAAGCUCCAACACCUGGGAUUGGAGGAGCAGUACUAACGGGAGCACAGAAGUCCAAGAAACCAGUCGGACCAUGCCCAGGAAGGAGUUCCGAGCUGCCAAAACGGACUCGUUUGGUUCAGAACCUCCACCACAUCCAGAUCUGGUGCCACAGUUCCACCAAAAACCUUCUGUACACGCUCAGGAAUGGGAUCCCGGGCAGCCGCACCCCGAACCGGAUCAUUUCUUCAAGAACUUGCAUUUGGAACAACGACUUAAUGACGCAAAUAUUUAAAAAAAAAAAACAACUUCAGUAUGGGUGAGACUCAAACCCAGAGUCUAAUCUGGGGGCAGAAAGUGUACCAGCAAAUGAAAGUCAAAUCUUUGAAGGAGGAAAAAAAUAUUUGAGGAAAUGUUUUUAUAGCUGAUGGAGUUCAUUGUGAAAUAGAUCUCUGUUUUUUUUUAGGGGGGAGGGGGGGGUAUUCCUGGUUUUCCUAGCUGUCAUAAAGGAGGUGAGAACUUUCAGAUCCAAGAUGGUGGUUAUUUAACGAGAAGACGAUGUGUCUUUCUAUUGUUUGUACAAAUUGGGGUUCCGCUUCAAUUCAUCAUUUAUCUUCAGGGGGAGGAGGAAACUGGGAAUGGGGCAGAAAGCAAAUCUUCACCUAGAUCAGGGUGUUAACAUUGGAUUCUUUUCUGCUAGCAGAAGGUGUUCAUGUGACUCUGUCGUGUGUUUUAUGUAGGACAGAAAUGUCUUAACUUUGACUGACCCUACAGGACACUUUUAGGAAAUAUCAUAUUUAUUAUUGUCAUCUAGUAUUAUUAAGGAACUGUUUGUGUGGGUGUGUGUGUGUGUGUGUGUGUGUGUGUGUGUGUGUGUGUGUGUGUGU